UCCUCGCUGUCUCCGCCUGCGCUGCCGCCACCUCUGCCGCUGCUUAGGGCCCGGCUCCGCUCCUCCUCCUUCUCCGCCUUCUUUCCUGAGCGCUGCCCGGCCGGCCGCCAUGGCGAACGUGGCCGACACGAAACUGUACGACAUCCUGGGCGUCCCGCCUGGCGCCAGCGAGAACGAGCUGAAGAAGGCGUACAGAAAGUUAGCCAAAGAAUACCAUCCUGAUAAGAAUCCAAAUGCUGGUGACAAAUUCAAAGAAAUAAGUUUUGCAUAUGAAGUACUAUCAAAUCCUGAGAAGCGUGAACUCUACGACAGAUAUGGAGAACAAGGUCUUCGGGAAGGUAGCGGUGGAGGUGGUGGCAUGGAUGACAUUUUCUCUCACAUCUUUGGUGGAGGAUUAUUUAGCUUCAUGGGUAAUCAGAGCAGAAGUCGAAAUGGCAGGAGAAGAGGAGAAGACAUGAUGCAUCCACUCAAAGUAUCUUUAGAAGACCUGUAUAAUGGCAAGACAACCAAACUACAACUUAGCAAGAAUGUACUCUGUAGUGCUUGCAGUGGCCAAGGUGGGAAGUCUGGAGCUGUUCAGAAGUGUAGUGCUUGUCGGGGUCGAGGUGUGCGCAUCAUGAUCAGACAGCUGGCUCCAGGGAUGGUGCAGCAGAUGCAGUCUGUGUGCUCUGACUGUAAUGGAGAAGGAGAGGUAAUUAAUGAAAAGGACCGCUGUAAAAAAUGUGAAGGGAAGAAAGUGAUUAAAGAAGUCAAGAUUCUUGAAGUCCACGUAGACAAAGGCAUGAAACAUGGACAGAGAAUUACAUUUACUGGGGAAGCAGACCAGGCCCCAGGAGUGGAACCAGGAGACAUUGUUCUUUUGCUACAAGAAAAGGAGCAUGAGGUGUUCCAGAGAGAUGGGAAUGAUUUGCACAUGACAUAUAAGAUAGGACUUGUUGAAGCUCUUUGUGGAUUUCAGUUCACAUUUAAGCACCUUGAUGGACGUCAGAUUGUGGUGAAAUAUCCCCCUGGCAAAGUAAUUGAACCAGGAUGUGUUCGUGUAGUUCGAGGUGAAGGAAUGCCACAAUAUCGUAAUCCCUUUGAAAAAGGUGAUCUUUACAUAAAGUUUGAUGUGCAGUUUCCUGAAAACAACUGGAUCAACCCAGAUAAACUUUCUGAGUUAGAAGAUCUUCUGCCAUCUAGACCAGAAGUUCCGAAUAUUAUUGGAGACACCGAGGAGGUAGAGCUUCAAGAAUUCGAUAGCACUCGGGGCUCAGGAGGCGGCCAGAGGCGUGAAGCCUAUAAUGAUAGCUCUGAUGAGGAAAGCAGUAGCCAUCACGGACCAGGAGUGCAAUGUGCCCAUCAGUAAACUCUGCAAACAGAUUGCACAGGGGGAGUUUCUUUCCACAUUGGCCUGGUUUGUUUUCUGCAAUCCAGCUGAAGCGUCUGGUCAACCCAGAUGAACUGAUGGACAUCUGUUGGUCUAUGUGUAACUUUUAAAAUUGGUAUAGUAUCUACAGAGUGUAUAAUUUAAACUAACCACAAAGCUUUACAUCUUCAUUUCGACUGUUCUAUAGCAGAAUAAAGCACUUGAAAGGAAACAAGACUCCCUUUCACACAUGGGUUAUAAGUUUCAGUCCUGAUAUCUGUGCUUGAUUUUUAUCAGUUUUGUGUAGAUUUUAUGUUUCAUAUUUUAAAUUCAGUUCCCACAUUGUAAAGUUUGUGUACAGUUUGUCCUGAAGCUUUGUGUUUGGCUGCACCUGCAUAAGCUGCUACAAAUAGAAUAAAGAAUUUCAUAGCCUGUAUCUAUCAUUUAGAUGCAUGGGAAAAUGGGCUUUGCACACAAUGGGUUUGGAGCUGACUGGGAACAAUGGAGAAAAUAUUAGCUGAGCUGUGGUUGUAAAGUUUUGGGCAGGGUUGGGGGAUGUUUCUUUUUCUUUCUUUCUCCCCCGCCCCACCUGGGUUUUUUUUUUGUUUGUUUGUUUUUGUUUUUGUUUUUUACCAUCUUGUGAAAGGUUUCUGGAACUGAAUAAUAAAAAGCAGUUGGUGUAAAUUA